ACAUUCGAACCAUUUUUGCUUGCGAGCUGUACCCUUCUUCAGACGCCCUACCAACAACGUCGUCGUCGUCGUCGCGUGGUUCAUUGUUUGCCCACAGUCAAUCGAGACACCACCGGACAAUCAGUGGUGUGAUUGUCUGAGAACCUAAUCGGGCUGACCUUUCAUCUUGUAGAGACUGCUGCGACGAUCAAUCAGUAUUUCGCCGUAGGGUCCCGGUAAUCAUCCUCAGAGGCUAUACCUGUAUACGAUAGUUUUACAUCGCCGACACGCGUCGCAUUCGCCAAGAUGGGGUGUGGAAUGAGCACGGAAGAGAAGGAGGGCAAGGCCCGUAAUGAGGAGAUUGAGAAUCAGCUCAAGCGCGACAAGAUGAUGCAGCGCAACGAGAUCAAGAUGCUGCUUCUGGGUGCUGGUGAAUCCGGAAAGUCGACCAUCUUGAAGCAAAUGAAGUUGAUCCACGAAGGCGGCUACUCGCGAGACGAGAGGGAAUCUUUCAAAGAAAUUAUCUUCAGCAACACAGUCCAGUCGAUGCGCGUCAUUCUGGAAGCUAUGGAAUCGCUCGAGUUGCCGUUGGAAGACCAGCGCAUGGAGUACCACGUCCAAACCAUCUUCAUGCAGCCCGCCCAGAUCGAGGGAGACGUGUUACCGCCAGAGGUCGGCAAUGCGAUCGAGGCUCUGUGGAAGGACCGUGGCGUCCAGGACUGUUUCAAGCGAUCGCGCGAAUACCAACUGAACGACUCUGCACGAUAUUACUUCGACAACAUCGCUAGAAUCGCUGCCCCUGACUACAUGCCCAAUGACCAAGACGUCCUGCGAUCUCGUGUCAAGACGACCGGUAUCACCGAGACGACCUUCAUCAUUGGCGACUUGACGUACAGAAUGUUUGAUGUCGGUGGCCAACGAUCGGAACGAAAGAAGUGGAUUCACUGCUUUGAAAACGUUACCACCAUCUUGUUCUUGGUAGCCAUAUCCGAGUACGACCAACUUCUUUUUGAGGACGAGACCGUCAACCGUAUGCAAGAGGCUCUCACUCUGUUCGACUCGAUUUGCAACUCGAGAUGGUUCAUUAAGACCUCCAUCAUUCUUUUCCUGAACAAGAUUGAUCGAUUCAAGGAGAAGUUGCCAGUCAGCCCGAUGAAGAAUUACUUCCCCGAUUACGAGGGUGGAGAUGACUAUGCUGCGGCCUGCGACUACAUCCUAAACCGGUUUGUCAGCUUGAACCAGCACGAGACGAAGCAGAUCUACACUCAUUUCACAUGCGCUACUGACACGACACAAAUACGUUUCGUUAUGGCUGCCGUCAAUGACAUCAUCAUCCAGGAAAACCUGCGUCUCUGCGGUCUCAUUUGAUUGUUACGCGAUACUACGAAUACCCCCCCCCCCUUCUCUAUCUUACUACACGGGAUGCCAGCAACGCGAUAACCUGGCUAAUGAAGAAUUCCCGGUUUCCUCGCGGCGACCUUGCCAAAGGAUUUCUUUCCAUGUGUCCUUUCUGUCGCCCAUCCAUCUACCAUACUCCUUCGACAUCAUGUAUUACCAAGAUGACUCUCCAGGCUGCUGUUGUGGCACCUACCGGCAGUCCAUCAGAGACGCGAGAAACACGAGGCAGUGGAUGGACGUUGCACUCCGGUCACCGUCGAUUGCAUAUCUUGUUUAAUUAUGAACUUCCGGAGUCAUCUGUCACUUAUUAUUUUCCUUACUGUAACAUCCGAUAGGCCCACAAGGCUGGGCAAAUC